UCCGAUGUCGAUUACUCUCCCUGAGCGAGGCAGGGCCUGGUGACUAGCAGGAGUGCAGAGUGCAUUUUUUAAUACGGAUAUCUCAUCCCGUUUCUUCUUUUAGGUCCCUAUUACUGUAAUAAACAAUGGCAGACGACGAAUUAGAGGCAAUUAGGCGGCAAAGGAUGGCAGAGCUGCAGGCAAAACACGGGGAAUCUAAUAGUCAGCAAGGAGAGGAGGCCAAACAAAGAGAAACAGAAAUGAGGAACUCUAUACUGGCUCAAGUUCUAGACCAGUCAGCCCGUGCCAGAUUGAGCAAUCUUGCUUUGGUGAAGCCAGAGAAGGCAAACGCAGUCGAAAACUAUCUCAUUCAAAUGGCUCGUUUCGGAAAGUUAGGAGGAAAGAUUUCAGAGUCGGGCUUGAUCGAGAUCCUAGAAAAAGUCAGUCAGCAAACAGAGAAAAAGACGACUGUCACAUUCAACAGACGGAGGGUGAUGGACUCGGAUGAUGAAGACGAUUACUAACUGGAAACAGCAGCCCUGAGAGGAGCCAAUAAGUCAUGAGCUGAUGUGCUUCACCGGGACUCUGACUACGAAUCUGACUAGUGUGUUUCUGUUAGCAAGAUCCUGGGAGGCCACACUAGUUUCUUUGUGUCUUUGGAAGCUCCAUACCGAGACAGAAGAACAAGGACAUUAAGUUGAUGCUGUGGCAGUUGGUGGAGGGUAGAACACACACAGUGUCAAAGGUUUUCUUUUGCAACCUCUUUUCAAUCAAGUUGCUACAAGUUUGUAGGGCUUGUGUUGUACCCCUGACAGCUCAUGGCACUGUUUCACCUUCUCAGUAGUUACUCUUUUUUUCCUUUAUUUUCACUAUGGUUAAUAUCUGUUCCUCAAACAUAAGAAACUAGACAAAAUCUAAAACAUACUGCUGCUGAUGCAUAUUACUUAGACUGUUCUAUGAAUUAAAUGCAUUGUUUUCUAUUCAGGACUAACAUCCCAUUAGGUUUGGAUGUUGCUCUUGGAUAUUUCCUUGUUGCUGAAAUGUAUCAUAAAGGUUUACAUAAAAAUUAAAAACAGCCUUAAAUUCAAAUGUUGGUCUUUCUAGUCGACAAUUUCUAAAAUGAUCCUUCAUCAUGUUAGUGAAAGUUUGACCCUUAUGAAAGGAUUUCAUUUGGGAUUUUACAUGAAUGUGGUCCAUUUAGUUGAGCAGUAAACUUUGCAGCAUCAAUACAUCAUAGCAUCCUCACCUCUACAGGAAAAGUAGACGUUCUAGUUCUGUAUGGAUGAUUUAUUAUUUCUUACCUACAAGUUCACAUUUUGAAUUUCAUUUUAGGAGCUACAAUUAACAAAUUGCCAAAUGUAUCUGACUACUUUUUCAAUAAAAUGCAUGGAGAAAUGUGA